UCCAAAUGGAACAAUCAUGGAUAGAACAUUGCAAUAUAUGGCAUAUGCGGAUGAUGUGGUUUUGAUUGCUAGGAACAAAAGAGCUCUGGAAGAAGGUUUCAACCAACUGGAAAUUGGCUCUCAGAAUACAGGACUCACCAUAAAUGCAAACAAGACAAAAUACAUGUUCAACAGCAGGAUAGAUGGUCAAGAAAACGAAAGGCAACUAGUGAUGGGCAAUAGUAUCUUUGAAAGAGUUGACGAAUUCAAGUACUUAGGUGCUAUGAUAACACAUAGAAAUGAAGUGCAGGUAGAUAUCAAAGCAAAGCUGUCAGCAGGUAAUCGAUGCUAUUAUGCCAUGAAACAUUUUUUGAAUUCCCGGCUCAUCACUAGGAAAGUGAAAAUACAAGUAUAUAUCACCGUUAUUAGACCAGUAGUGCUUUAUGGUGCAGAAACUUGGGUCCCAACUCAAAAAGACGAAGCGCUACUUAAUGUCUGGGAAAGAAAAAUCCUCCGGAAAAUAUAUGGACCUAUCUUCAGUAAUGGAGAAUGGAGGAUACGUACUAAUCAGGAGUUACGAGAGCUUUUCGGAAACCCAGACAUUGUGAGUGAGAUAAAAGUUAGGCGUCUUAGCUGGCUGGGACACCUUGAACGAAUGAGUGACUCCAGGAGUGCGAAAAAAGUCCACAGAAUGAAUCCAGGUGGAAGAAGAUUAAAGGGAAGACCGAGAAUGCGCUGGAUUGAUGACAUAGAGAAUGACCUGAAAGAAAUGGGUAUCAGAGGUUGGAGGAGAAAGGUGCAAGACCGAGACGAAUGGAGAGGCAUAUUGCGGAAGGCCAAGACCCUCAAUGGGUUGUAGAGCCACGGAGUAA